UCUCUCGCCAUUUGUGUCAAAAAAAACGCUCUCUUUUUCUCUCUCUUUCUCCCUGACCCAUUUAUCUUCUCCUCUCUCCAUAUUUAGCAACCCCAAAUAAGGGCUGCUUCUUUUCUCUCUGUCUAUCUAGAGAAAGGAAGAAAGAAAACUCUUUGCUUUGUUUUAAAGAUUGGAAAUUGAAUUUUGAGAGGAUCCGAUAUAUUUUUCCCCUUUUGUUGGUAUUUGUGGUUGAUCAGUUGGGUGUUUGUGUUUUUGGUGGAGGAAAAAUGGGUAGAGGGAAGAUUGAAAUCAAGAGGAUUGAGAAUGCAAAUAGCAGGCAGGUCACAUUCUCUAAAAGAAGAACUGGGUUGCUUAAAAAGGCUCAAGAACUUGCCAUUCUCUGUGAUGCUGAAGUUGCUGUUAUUAUCUUCUCCAACACUGGCAAACUCUUUGAGUUCUCCAACUCUGGCAUGAAGAGAACUCUUGCAAGAUACAACAAGUGCAUAGAUUCCACAGAGUCUGCUAGAGUAGAAUACAAGGCAGAGAAACAAGAUUCAAAGGAGGUGGAUGUCCUUAAAGAGGAAAUUGAUAAGCUACAAGCGAAACAGCUGAUGCUCUUGGGCCAGGACCUGACUGGCUUGAGUUUGAAAGAGUUGCAACAUCUAGAGCAGCAAUUAAAUGAAGGGUUAUUGUGUGUGAAAGAGAAAAAGGAGCAUUUACUGAUGGAACAACUAGAGCAAUCCAGAGUACAGGAACAGCGGGCCAUGCUGGAGAAUGAAACUUUGCGUAGACAGGUAGAGGAGCUUCGAUGUUUCUUCCCAACAACUGAUCAUUCAGUCCCAACUUAUCAUGAAUACUAUUCUGUGGAGAGGAAGCAUUCUCUUGUAAACAAUGGUUCUGCAAGUCCAGACAUGGCCUGCAAUUACUCAAUCGAGAAAGGAGAUUCAGAUACUACCCUGCAUUUAGGGUUGCCAACUGAUAGAUACCGCAAGAGGAAGGCACCAGAGGGAGAAAGCCAUUCCAAUGAUUCAUGGAGCCAAUUAGUCUUGCUGUGACCAUUUUCUUAAUGGCAUUCUCCUUUACUGUCAAUAGAAACAGGUAGAGUUGGUUCUAGCAGUUUCUGGAGGCGUUGGUUUAGCCAAACAAAUGAAAAUCCUUCCAAAGUUGUAGUUAGUGUUCCUUCGGUUACAGAUGUUUCUUUUGUAGGAGAAACUGAAAGGCUCUUGUGACAGAUGGAAACAAAUAGCUAGUGUUACCCAUUUUGAGUUUUGCUUCUUUUUUUCACCUGUAUCAGAAUAGUCUUUGCUGCUUAGUUUUUGGCUAUGACCAGAUCAGUAACUAGGAUGCACUUCAGCUUCCAUAUGAUGUCUCAGAGAAAAAUCUGGUUCUAUUGAAGCAUCUUUUAAUUUUUUUUU